AGCAGGCCCAAGUCUCCACCGGAAGUGACGCAGUAUUGUUAUUAUUCCAGGAAGAGGACACGGGAAAGCACUGAACUGCGUCAACAAUUGUUUCUGUUAUACAUUUGGGUUUUAGCUUCGAUACGGCAUGUCAGCCAGUCACUGCUGAGUAAUUUACGACAGUGUUCCUGGACGGGACUUUACCAAGCAACGACAUGGACACAUCAAACUUUGCCCACGUGAUUUUUCAGAAUGUGGGGAAGAGCUAUUUGCCCCAUGCGGCCCUGGAGUGUCACUAUACCCUGACACAGUUCAUCAAGCCACAUCCAAAGGACUGGGUUGGCAUAUUCAAGGUUGGUUGGAGCACAGCGAGGGACUAUUACACAUUCUUGUGGUCGCCUCUUCCUGAGAACUAUGUGGAAGGCACCGCAGUCAACAGAACAGUGGUCUUUCAGGGAUAUUAUGUGCCCAAUGACGACGGCGAGUUCUACCAGUUUUGUUACGUGACCCACAAAGGGGAGAUCCGGGGGGCCAGCACGCCCUUCCAGUUCCGCGCCAACAGCCCGACAGAGGACGAGCUGCUGACUGUGGAGGAUGAAUGUAACUCUGACAUCCUGGUGGUGACCACGAAGGCCGGCUUCCUGGAGCAAAAGGUGGAGGAAGCCCAGAGAGAGAAAGAUGAGCUGCUUAAAAAAAUGUCGCUGGUGCAGCAGGAGAAGGAGCAGCUGGAGGCCGAGAAGGAGAGUCUGCAGAAGGAGUGUGAGCAGGAGAAAGAGACGUGUGCCCAGCUGAGGAGAGAGAAUCAAGAGGUACAUCACUCUUCACAGGCCCUGCUGGAGGAGAAAGAGGAGAUCAAGACGAGACUAGAGGAGGCCACUGCGAGAGUCGUACAGCUGGAAGAGGAUCUGAUCGGUGUGACACAGAAGGGCCUUCAGAAAGAAACCGAACUGGACAGCCUCAAGGACAGGUUAAAGAAGUUCACUGCAGAGAAGGAGUCACUGGAAUCCCAUCUGAAGAAUGAAAAAGAUGAGAAGGAGCUCUACAAGAUUCACCUGAAAAACCGGGAGCUGGAGAACACCAAGCUGAGCGCAGAGCUGCAGAUGCUGAAGUCUGUGGAUGUAAACAAAGAAAACACCAUUGCCCAGUUUAAAGAGGAAGUGGGGCGGCUGCAGACGUGCCUCAACGAGAAAGAGAAGCAGUACAAAGAGAUCCUGGCCAAAGUUUCUCCUUUGGGAGAAAUGAAAGCCCUGAAAGAGCAGUUGAGACAGAAGGAGGAGCAGCUCCAGGCCAACCAGCAGCAGUCCUCCUUGUUGGCCGCCGAGCUGCGGGACGCCUCCAGCGCACGUGACCGGACCAUGUCGGAGCUGUACCACAUGAAGCUGGAGGUCGAUGCCCUCCGCCAGGCCAAGGCCGAAGCCCAGACCCAGUGCGCCCGCCUGGAGCGCCUGGUGGAGCAGAUGAAGGCCGAGGCCAAGCAGGAAGCUCAGGCCAAAGCUGAGGAGGAAGCUGCGGCGGAUCCCGCGGCCGUCGCCGAGCUGCAGAGAGAGGUGGACGACCUGAAGCUGCGGCUGCACAUGGCUGCCGAACACUACAAGGAGAAAUACAAGGAAUGCCAGCGGCUGCAAAAACAAGUGCUGAAACUCUCCGAACAGCAAGGGCAGGAGUUGAAGAGAAGCUCAACACAAGAGGCCGCAGCCAUCCCUGCAUCAGUGAGUCCGGACACUUCCGUGCCAGGGAGUCCAGGUUCUGCUGAUCCCAUGCUGGAGGCCAUCAUCCAGGAGAAACUGAAAGGCAUCAGCAGGGAGGCGUCCGACAGGAACGACAAGUACAGAAAAUGCAAGCAGAUGCUGAUGGAAGAGAAAGAGCGAAGCUGCAUGUUCGCCGACGAGCUGGCCAAGAUGGAGGCCAAAUUUAAGGAACAACUGAAGACCAACGAGACCCUGAAGCUGCAGCUGGCAGCGGAGGAAGACCGUUACAAGAGCCAGGUGGCUGAGAAGGGACGCGAGCUGAAGGAGGUGAAGGACACGCUCACUCUCCUCCUGAAGGAGAAGGACAAACCGGAGGGGGACGUCCAGAAAGGCGGCAGCAGCAAGAAGGCCGAGCAGGGCGGCAGUGAGAAGAGCAGUUUGGAGAACCUCCAGUCCAGUGUGCCUUUGUUCCUGCAGUACCCGGUCCCCUACGCCCAGGACGCCCCCACCCCCCUGCUGGUCUCUCAGAGCCCCAGCAAGCUGCAGUUCGGAAACCCGUACUCCGUCACCGACUCUAAAGACGAGGCCGACGAGGAGUUCUCAGACGAGCAGCCGCUCAGACUGCCCCCAGUCGGCCCGCCCUCCUGGGACAGCAACGUGGUGUGUAUCCAGCCCACCCGCAACCACAGCCGGCCAGAGGGCCACGAGGAGUCAGAGGAGAAGCAAAACAACAACGGAAAUACCAAUGAACAGACCACAGCAAUCGAAAGCCACAGUCCCUUUGUAAACGACGGACAGACCGCCUUCUGCUUUGAUCCCAGCAUGGACAUGAAGCGGUGUCCACUCUGCGAGGUCAUCUUCCCGCCCAACUACGACCAGAGCAAGUUCGAGGAGCACGUGGAGAGCCACUGGAAGAUCUGCCCCAUGUGCAGCGAGCAGUUCCCGCUGGACUGCGACCAGAAGGUGUUCGAGAACCACGUGCUGACCCACUUCGACGGCCACCCGCUCAACUUCGAUUAGAGGCGCGCAGAGCCAGCACAUCCAGUCUGCCAACUUCCCGUCGACCACUAAAAACAAGUCUCUCUCUGCACUCUCCUCUGCAUGUAACGGUGUGAAGAUCCUCUUUAGGAUUAUACUGACUCUCGCUUUCUUAAUCGAUUUAGAGAAAUACUUUGAGGUGACCUUCUAAUUCAGUGUUUUAACGCAGGGCUACUGAAUUCAUUUGCAAACCGAAAGGUUUUGUUUUUUUAAAUAAGAGAAAAUUUCUUUCCAUUUGGAUUAAAAAAAAAAAAACGGGGGGGGGGGAAGACUGUUGUGCAUAGAGAAAUUGACUCGUCCCUCACAGAUCUGUUAAACUGCAGGAUGUAAUGAAUCAGGGAAAGAGAUAAGUGUUUACCAAACUUCCGUUUAAAACAUGCAAACAAAUGCCCCCAACCCCCCGCCGCCGCCCCCCCCAGCAUCACUGUACAAGUCAUCUGGUCAUUCUUUCUAGAAAGCAGCCUUGGUGCACUAUAUGCAGUCAGGGAGAAUCUUCACUGAUACAUGAUUAUACAGUAUAU